AGCGAUUAUCUACGAAAGUGUGAGCCGGCGUCGAUUGCUAUUGCUAUUUUAUUUAGUUAAGGUCAUCGCAGAAAACAGACCACAGCUUUAUUAUUCUGGUCAGUUUCUUUUGAAAUGUGCAUAAUUAUAGAUCCUCGUUCCGUAGAGGACUUGUGCCAAACAGAAUUUGUGCGUGUCCCGUGCGCUCUCGUAGUCAAGGAAAAUAACCAAACACAAAACAACAAUGGCGCAAAAUGAACAGCAACAGGAUAGCGUCCGUAACAACAACAGUAACACGGACAACGAGAAGAAGAAAUGUUGCGGUUGUUGUUCUUGUUUCAAAGGCUGGUUUCGAUUGAGACGCGCAAGGUCUCAAAAUGUCGAAUCUCCGGAAAACACAAUUGAAGAGGAUUUAGAGAUCGAAUCAGACGAGAAUCAUUACAAGAAGGAUUUAAGCGAUAUCCAUCUAGGAUCGAUGAUCUUUCUAACGGGGGUUACGGAAUCUAAAUGCGUUAGGUUUGCUGUGAAUUUUCUGACGGCCACGGGUGAUAUUGCAUUCCAUUUCAAUCCUCGCCUAGAUCGAAGAAUCGUCGUGAGGAAUAGCAGAGUGGAGGGUAGUUGGGACAAGGAGGAAUGCACGUCGAUGCUGAAGUUCGGGUUCUCCCUAAACAAACCGUUUUCAAUUGGCAUCCUAUUAACCACGUCCGAGUUUAUGGUGUCUGUAGAUGGAAAACAUCAUAGCGCGUAUGCCUACAGAAUUCCCAUGAAUACCAUCACCACAUUAGAGGUGGAGGGACCAGUGAAAAUAAACGAUUGUAAGAUCAAAACGGUUAAGAAGUACCCGGACGUUCCUAUCCAUAAGCUCCAUCACAUAGCGAUAGACGUGGAUAUGAGCGAGGAGCACAAGAAGCAUUCUAUAAGGACGCCUUUCGUGGGAGUCCUGGCGCAUGGAUUCAAGACUGGUUGGCAACUUGAAAUCUACGGGAAGAUUAAAAUACUACCACAGUCGUUUUACAUAAACUUGCAGGAUGGACCGCAGGUUUGGCCGCACCCUGAGAUACCUCUGCACAUCAACCCCAGAUUCAAUAGUGGAGUCGGGGGGUCAAAUAUAUUCGUCCGCAAUGCUUGGCAUCGUGGCAUAUGGCUGAAGGAAGAACGUGCGCCGAUAUUUCCGUUCGUUCCCGGUUCUCCGUUUUCCUUAAUCAUUCGCAUGGACCGGCAGGGAUAUUCCGUUUGGGUUGAUGGCAAGUUGACCGGAGAAUUCGUCUUCCAAUCAUUGCCCGUCGAUAUGACUAUCAAGUGCGUCUACAUCCAAGGGGACAUUUUACUAAAUCACAUCACCAUGCGGAGGAAAAUUACCGAUACUUAUUUCCAACACAAAAAAGAACGCUGCGUUAAUUUAUGAAUUAUUUAUAUUUCUGGUUUCCCAGAUUGCUGGAUUCCUUUAUACUGAUACUAUAUUUUACCUUGUCUUUUAUACUACUUUGCACUUGUGAUAUUCUAAUUUCGUAGAGGCAUUUUAUUAUAUAAUAUAUAUAAACUUGUUAUUGUUGAUGUUG